AUGUCGGGCACUUCGAACACUUCUUUCAAUGAGUACGAUCAACAAUUCACAAUUCAGGACCAAAACAAGAUCAAGAAGGCCGUGAGCCAAGCCGUGAAGACGUACUUGAAGGCCGACCAAACUGAUGCUCGUCUCAAGAUCAAACUGGACUUUGCCAACGCCGACUACGUCGACAAUCAGAUGGUUAGCUACAGGUAGGUGUUAUAUUAAUCCUUUAGUGAUUACAGUUUUAUGAUAAACAGGUUUAUGUAAUUUAUAUGCUGUUUCAGACCUCCCAUCGUGGAUCUUCUGAUAGACCAAGUGGAAAACAAACAAACCAAGAAGAACACCAGUAUGUUUACAUCUUGCGAAUAUUGAUUAAAUACUGAAAUUCAUAAUUAAAAAUAUUUUCAGAUGAACCAUCUUUGCGAUCAGAAACAGAUUCCGCUUCAUCGUACCAUACCGAACGUAGCUCUGCAGGCACUGAUACCUCAUUCCGUGUUGUAGCUUCAACUUAUGGCUUCAGGAAAUCAAGGAAUGCACAACCACCAAGGGAGGUAGAGAACAAGGCCACCCGAGUAGAGAAAUGGCUAAACAACAAUGAACCGCCAAAGAAAAUCUCCAAAGAGGUCAAACCAUUUUCAAACAGAAGCCAAGUAUGUUAACAAGUUACUGCUACCGCGGUAACAUCUUACAUUGAAAUUUCAUUUGUUACCCAAGUUAUCAUCGUAUUUUAGAGAGUUAUCAGAGAGAAGAAAGCGACCGAAAGUGAAUAUUCAGACGCCACUUUGAAGUACGUUGACUCAAUGACUACGGUGGACUACGAAAGUUCGUGUGAUUCUGAAUACAAAGGUCCAAUGGGAUGUGUCAGCGAAGAGUUUGAGAAAGACAAAGCCAUAAAGAGAGUUCAAGUCGGGGGCGGGCUAGCUAUGUAUAUGUGA